AUGUCUUCUCAUCGCCCACUCCCCAUGUCUGGGGUAUGGGAGAGUCCUGAUGCCUACAUUAAGGCCCUCCUCUCCUUCUCAACUACAUCGCUACUCUUCCUGAAUUUGUGUGGUGGCGUACAUAUGGUCGACUUUUUGACCCGCCAACCUGAUAUGUAUACAACACUACUGCCGGAAGAAUGGAGAGUUUUCUUUGAAUACCAUGAUGUUCAAGAUAUUAUCCAUCUCUUGCUACGAGAGGAUAUUGAACAAUUACAACAUGCUGUCGACCCUAGUUGUCGCACUUGGAAGGGAGGGGCAUUCCCUCCCCAGAGUCUUUUAGACUACAUUUCCAAUGUUCGCCAACUGACACUUCAACGAGAAAAUUGUACCUCAACUCUGGAAAAGGUCGACUUGCCAAAGCAGGUAGCCAUGCGCAUGAACAAAAAGAAAGUUCACGAGGUCGAAUGCCUUUCGCGAUAUGUUGCAUCCCUAUCAGACACUGUUCAUGAGUCUCGAGGUGAACCAGUCUCUCAUAUUGUGGAUUUUGGCUCUGGGCAGAAUUAUCUUGGACGAACACUGGCCAGCUCGCCGUAUCAUAAACAUGUUAUCGCAAUUGAGCGUAAACAUCAAUACAUCAGCGGGGCGAGAGACAUGGAUAUUCGAGCCAAGUUGGCCAAGGAUCCAAAGGCUGUAUAUUCGAAUAAUGAUAAAGACUUGAAGUCAGAGGAUGGGUCAAAAGCUUCUGUGGAAGUGAUUAUUCCUAAAAGCCUUGAUAGUCAUCAGCUUACAAAUGAUAUCUCGAUCAACAAGGAUACAGCUGUGACACAGAUGCUGGACGAAAUCAGCCUUGAGCCAGACGAGUUACUCGGAUCUCUCACCAAAAAUCCCUCAAGAACAAAGACGGUGAAGCCAGAGAUGGAUCAUCGAGGUACUCUCAGCUAUAUCGAACAUGAAAUUCAGGAUGGCUACUUGGAGCCUAUCAUUGACCAUGUCGUUAAUCCACCCACCGACUCUACUGAGAUUUCAGAUGCAGGAGACGGUGCACAUAAUGAUGCCCAAAUAAUGGUUGUUUCCCUUCACUCUUGCGGAAACCUUGUUCAUCACGGCUUGCGAUCUCUGAUUCUGAAUCCCUCGAUUGUGGCCGUCGCUAUGAUCGGCUGCUGUUACAAUUUGUUGACUGAACGCCUCGGUCCAGCCACUCAUAAUCUCCCUAUCCUUCAAUCUUUACAUCCUCGACUCGAUGAAACUGGCAAAUCAUAUGAUCCGCACGGGUUCCCUAUGUCGAAAUACUACGAGGAUUAUCAAAGUCCCGGUGCAACCACGGGCAUGAAGCUUAAUAUCACAGCACGUGCCUUGGCCGUGCAAGCUCCAUACAACUGGGGCUCUGAAGAUAGUGAGAUGUCUUUUACUCGGCAUUACUUUCGUGCUCUUCUCGAGCGUAUUCUCGUUGAUCGAAAUGUUCUUGCGAAGCCCCAUGUGUCGGACAACACCUCUGAGGGAUCCCACUCGGCCCAGCGUUCCAUUAUCAUUGGAUCGGUUUCCAAGGCGGCUUACAAGUCAUUCAAUUCAUAUCUUCGUGCCGCUACGGUUAAAAUGAGUCAAGAUCCAAUAUAUGGUGCUCGGGUGCAGGAGCAUAUCGCUACCAUGACUGAUGAGGAAAUCCACCAGUAUGAAACCCGCUACUUUCAUGCGAAAAAGCAUAUCAGUGUUAUGUGGAGCUUGAUGGGAUUCAGUGCUCAGCUUGUUGAGGCUAUCAUUGUGGUGGAUCGAUGGCAAUUCUUACGGGAGCAGGACUCUGUUAAAGAAUGCUGGGUUGAACCUGUUUUUGAUUAUAGUGCCAGUCCACGCAACUUGGCAGUCAUUGGUCUGAAAAAGUGA